ACUCUUCUUUUUAACUAAGGCCAAAAAAAACUCCUUUUAAGUAGUUCUAUUGAGACACAAGUGCUUGACACCCGCCGAAGAAUCCCUAAUUUCCGAAGAAACCCUAACGAUGGAGUGGGAAGAAAUCGAUAUUGAAAUCGGAGAAGCUUUAGAUCGCUUAGAUUGUAUGAAAGACGAUGGAGUUAUUCAUUUGUAUUCUACUAAACCUAAUCGAUCAUCCUUGUCAUCAACAACUUUUCAACCCAUAUCUAAUCGAAACCAGAAAUUUGCUGCCCAUCUUCUACCUCAGGCAAUUGAUCAAACAACUCGUAUGGUGGUGUUCAAAUUGCUGAAUCAUGCUAUAUUUGAUGACUUAAAUGCCUGCAUUUUCGCCGGGAAACAAGCGAGUGUUUAUCAUGCCACGAAACAUGAUGGUCAAGAAUUUGCGGUUAAAGUAUUCAAGGAUAGGGAUCAUAAUACACAAGGGCAUUAUCGUUCUAGGCGUGGGAACUUUAAGAGCAAUUCCAGAAAAAUAGUUAAGACUUGGGCAGAAAAUGAAAUGAAGAACCUUAUGAGGCUAAAGGCAGCAGGGAUCAGGUGCCCCACUCCAAUAGUUUUGAGGCUUCAUGUCGUAGUCAUGGAAUUCAUAGGAAAAUCAGGGUCGCCUGCUCCUUGUCUGAAGGAUGCAAAUCUAUCUGUAGACAAGAUGCGUGAAUGUUAUAUACAGAUGAUUAUAGUGAUGCGAAAUUUAUACCAAAAGUGCAAACUUGUGCAUGGAGACUUAAGCGAGUAUAAUAUACUCUACCACGAGGGUGACUUGCACAUUACUGAUGUUUCUCGAUCUGUGGACCUUGACGAUCCUCUUUCCCUGGACUUGUUAUACUGGGAUUGCAUUCAUGUGUCUGGUUUUUUCAAAAAGAAUGGUGUGGAAGUUAUAGCCAUAUCAUACCUGUUCAAUUUUGUAGUAGAUUCAUCUAUUCCCGAUGAAUCUGUGGGUUGCUAUAUAGAAGAGUCUGACAUUCCAAGAGUCAGAAGUGGCCAAGAGGAAUUGAUCACAAGUGGCUUCCUUAUUGAACACACAAACAACCGUAGAACAGAAUCCAGAACAGGCGAAAAUGAGGUAGGGGGUGAUGAUGAUUCUAGUGAUUCAGGAGUAAAUCCAUACGAUACUAUGAAGGAAGGUACACAGAGAACACUCCCUGCAGAUAAAAAAGCAGCGAGAAAAGAGAACAAGAAGAAAGUGAAAGAAGAAAAAAGAGAGGCUCGCAAAACUAAGACUGCCAAGUAUGUGAAGAAGAAGAAGAAUAGUGUCAAAAGAACAUCAAAACCUACUAAUACUAUUAGUAGGUUCCUUUAAAUAAUAAGAUAGCAUAGACUUAGCUUGGAUGAUUGAUUCUGGUAAAACUCUUUUGCUUUGAAUGAGUGCAUAAUCUGUUGAGGUUGAGAAGUAAUGGAAAAGACAGUUAUAGUAAUCUAUUCAUGGUUUACAGCUUUAUUUGAGGUUUCUGGUCAAGCAAAAUGUAACUGAACAGGGGAAAAGUAUGAUAAUAUGUAUUAUCCCCCUUCAAGUUGAUAGAAAAAGCUGAAGAUUUUUGUAUAUAUAUUUAUAAAUAAAAAUGAAUAUUUUAUUA